UCACCUGAUGAAGGCCGCUUGUGUUGUGGCCGAAACGUCGUGAUUUUUGUCAUUUUAUUUUUUAAACGAAACGAAACUUUGUAGUUCGAGAUAAAACGUGUCAGGAAGAUAUUGUAGGCGUAGCGUCACCGUGAAAAGUGGGUGGGUGGGUGGUGACGUGUGCAAGCCUGAGGUCGGAAAUACAAAGGGGGAGAUGGACAUUUGAUGCGGCUUUAUAUACUUUUGUUAAAACACACAGAACCUGGAGGUUAGUCUUGUCACUUGUAACAGUUGUAGGAUCUGGCAGAGGCGUUGAUGGCAUCGGUUGAAGCACAACGCGUGAGCCACCGUGCCGCACUCCACCCACUGCAAGCCCUCCGAGUGGUUCGCAGCGUCGUCGGCUCUCGCCGUGAUUGUUGCAACGCCACCCUGACUCGGACUUCAGGAAAGAGACCUCCGACAAACCAUGGCACCUUCGAAACGGCCUCUCAUGGUGCCCUCCUCCACGUCCGGCCAAAAACCCUGCGAAUGGCUCAGCUGGUCUCAGGUUCAUCCAGGGGGAUUAUUCAGGUGGUCUCAGGUUCAUCCAGGGGGAUUAUUCAGGUGGUCUCAGGUGCAUCCACAGGGAUUAUUCAGGUGGUCUCUAAUGUGCAUCCACAGGGAUUAUUCAGGUGGUCUCAGGUUCAUCCAGAGGGAUUAUUCAGGUGGUCUCAGAUGCAUCCACAGGGAUUAUUCAGGUGGUCUCAGGUGCAUCCAGAGGGAUUAUUCAGGUGGUCUCUAAUGUGCAUCCACAGGGAUUAUUCAGGUGGUCUCUAAUGUGCAUCCAGAGGGAUUAUUCAGGUGGUCUCUAAUGUGCAUCCACAGGGAUUAUUCAGGUGGUCUCUAAUGUGCAUCAACAGGGAUUAUUCAGGUGGUCUCUAAUGUUCAUCCAGGGGGAUUAUUCAGGUGGUCUCAGGUGCAUCCAGAGGGAUUAUUCAGGUGGUCUCAGGUGCAUCCAGAGGGAUUAUUCACGUGGUCUCAGGUGCAUCCAGAGGGAUUAUUCAGGUGGUCUCAGGUUCAUCCAGGGGGAUUAUUCAGGUGGUCUCUAAUGUGCAUCCACAGGGAUUAUUCAGGUGGUCUCUAAUGUGCAUCCAAAGGGAUUAUUCAGGUGGUCUCAGGUGCAUCCACAGGGAUUAUUCAGGUGGUCUCAGGUUCAUCCACAGGGAUUAUUCAGGUGGUCUCAGGUUCAUCCAGAGGGAUUAUUCAGGUGGUCUCAGGUGCAUCCACAGGGAUUAUUCAGGUGGUCUCUAAUGUGCAUCCACAGGGAUUAUUCAGGUGGUCUCAGGUGCAUCCACAGGGAUUAUUCAGGUGGUCUUUAAUGUGCAUCCACAGGGAUUAUUCAGGUGGUCUCAGGUCCAUCUACAGGGAUUAUUCAGAUGGUCUCAGGUGCAUCCAGGGGGAUUAAUCAGGUGGUCUCAGGUGCAUCCACAGGGAUUAUUCAGGUGGUCUCAGGUGCAUCCACAGGGAUUAUUCAGGUGGUCUCAGGUGCAUCCACACGGAUUAUUCAGGUGGUCUCAGGUGCAUCCAGGGGGAUUAUUCAGGUGGUCUCAGGUGCAUCCAGGGGGAUUAUUCAGGUGGUCUCUAAUGUUCAUCCAGGGGGAUUAUUCAGGUGGUCUCAGGUGCAUCCAGAGGGAUUAUUCAGGUGGUCUCAGGUGCAUCCAGAGGGAUUAUUCACGUGGUCUCAGGUGCAUCCAGAGGGAUUAUUCAGGUGGUCUCAGGUUCAUCCAGGGGGAUUAUUCAGGUGGUCUCAGGUGCAUCCACAGGGAUUAUUCAGGUGGUCUCUAAUGUGCAUCCAAAGGGAUUAUUCAGGUGGUCUCAGGUGCAUCCACAGGGAUUAUUCAGGUGGUCUCAGGUUCAUCCACAGGGAUUAUUCAGGUGGUCUCAGGUUCAUCCAGAGGGAUUAUUCAGGUGGUCUCAGGUGCAUCCACAGGGAUUAUUCAGGUGGUCUCUAAUGUGCAUCCACAGGGAUUAUUCAGGUGGUCUCAGGUGCAUCCACAGGGAUUAUUCAGGUGGUCUUUAAUGUGCAUCCACAGGGAUUAUUCAGGUGGUCUCAGGUCCAUCUACAGGGAUUAUUCAGAUGGUCUCAGGUGCAUCCAGGGGGAUUAUUCAGGUGGUCUCAGGUGCAUCCACAGGGAUUAUUCAGGUGGUCUCAGGUGCAUCCACAGGGAUUAUUCAGGUGGUCUCAGGUGCAUCCACACGGAUUAUUCAGGUGGUCUCAGGUGCAUCCAGGGGGAUUAUUCAGGUGGUCUCAGGUGCAUCCAGGGGGAUUAUUCAGGUCGUCUCAGGUGCAUCCAGAGGGAUUAUUCAGGUGGUCUCAGGUGCAUCCACAGGGAUUGUUCAGGUGGUCUCAGGUGCAUCCACAGGGAUUAUUCAGGUGGUCUCAGGUGCAUCCACAGGGAUUAUUCAGGUGGUCUCAGGUGCAUCCACAGGGAUUAUUCAGGUGGUCUUUAAUGUGCAUCCACAGGGAUUAUUCAGGUGGUCUCAGGUCCAUCUACAGGGAUUAUUCAGAUGGUCUCAGGUGCAUCCAGGGGGAUUAUUCAGGUGGUCUCAGGUGCAUCCACAGGGAUUAUUCAGGUGGUCUCAGGUGCAUCCACAGGGAUUAUUCAGGUGGUCUCAGGUGCAUCCACACGGAUUAUUCAGGUGGUCUCAGGUGCAUCCAGGGGGAUUAUUCAGGUGGUCUCAGGUGCAUCCAGGGGGAUUAUUCAGGUCGUCUCAGGUGCAUCCAGAGGGAUUAUUCAGGUGGUCUCAGGUGCAUCCACAGGGAUUAUUCAGGUGGUCUCAGGUGCAUCCACAGGGAUUAUUCAGGUGGUCUCAGGUGCAUCCACAGGGAUUAUUCAGGUGGUCUCAGGUGCAUCCACAGGGAUUAUUCAGGUGGUCUCAGGUGCAUCCACAGGGAUUAUUCAGGUGGUCUCAGGUGCAUCCACAGGGAUUAUUCAGGUGGUCUCAGGUGCAUCCACAGGGAUUAUUCAGGUGGUCUCAGGUGCAUCCACAGGGAUUAUUCAGGUGGUCUCAGGUGCAUCCACAGGGAUUAUUCAGGUGGUCUCAAGUGCAUCCACAGGGAUUAUUCAGGUGGUCUCAGGUGCAUCCACAGGGAUUAUUCAGGUGGUCUCAGGUGCAUCCACAGGGAUUAUUCAGGUCGUCUCAGGUGCAUCCAGAGGGAUUAUUCAGGUGGUCUCAGGUGUAUCCACAGGGAUUAUUCAGGUGGUCUCAGGUGCAUCCAGGGGGAUUAUUCAGGUGGUCUCAGGUGCAUCCAGGGGGAUUAUUCAGGUCGUCUCAGGUGCAUCCACAGGGAUUAUUCAGGUCGUCUCAGGUGCAUCGACAGGGAUUAUUCAGGUGGUCUCAGGUGCAUCCACAGGGAUUAUUCAGGUGGUCUCAGGUGCAUCCAGAGGGAUUAUUCAGGUGGUCUCAGGUGCAUCCACAGGGAUUAUUCAGGUGGUCUCAGGUGCAUCCACAGGGAUUAUUCAGGUGGUAUCGGUCCAGCUCCAGACAGAGCAGUGCUGGAGCCCCUUUCCCCAUCGAGGAUUCGGACAUUGCGGGUGGCAGCUGCAGCAGCUGCCGCUUGUUUAUGGAGGCUCCAUUGGGGCGGGCUGGGUUCCUGGGCGCCGCCAAAUUGGGUGAGGCAAGGGGAAGUAAUGGGACACCUGUUCCCUCAGGGUGUCUGGGCAUAUGCUCAUUGCACCUUUAAUUUGUCGUACAGUACUCAGGUAAUUAUGCUGGUGUCGGGAUUUCUACCGCAUUUAACGGAGCCAAAGUACUGCGUGACCGCUGUGGCGUGCGUGGCUCUGCCGCCUGUGUACUCAGCCGACGACUGGCGGCCUGCUCCACCCGCCCCCCUCCCCCCAUGGCAUGGCCCACAAUCACAACCGCACAGCAGUGUCUGGUGGGGAUUGUCUUGCACGAGGGCCGGGCGCUUGUGACGGGUGCUGGGAUUGUUAACUACCUCGCCUGGAAUGCAGGAGGUUGUGGGUUCGACCCCGACUCUGACUCCUGCUGUAUAUUUGGAGUUUUCGUGUCUCUCUCCCUGUGGUGUGGAUUUUU